UCCGGUGGCCGCAACUCUCACUUCCGGUCUCAACUGCGAUUAGAGGGGAGCCUGAUAUCGAUAUCCAUGUGUAUAUUGUUUGUUUACUCAUUUAUUACUUUUUAAAUAAUUCGAGCAUUAGUAAUGUGAAUCAAUGUCAUGUUACGCACUUUAUUAUCUUUAUGUAGUCUGUUAGAGCAGACUGUCUUGCAAAACGUUGGCAGAAGUUUGUAAGUGGCAGUGGGAAAACGACAGAUUCUUCGUCGGGCUAGGCUACCUCUAGGAAUCCGUAGGCCUGUGAAUCACUGGCUGCUUACAUCAGGAUGGACCUAGUGCAGGGUUAGGUUGGAAUGCAGAACAGCAGUUGUCACUACAGGAGAUCUUUCAGAGAAGGAGAGACCAGCAGUCAGGGAAACUUCAUGAGGCAGCAUGGAAGAGUUCAUUGAGAGACCAUUCAAGGUCUGGUCUGGAGACAGGUCCAUCAAAAAAUCUUUGACUGCAUCUACAUUAACAGAUCUUGUUCAUAAAGGAUGCAAGAAGCUUGCUUUGAAGGAAGACAAUGUGCGAGUGGUUCUAGAAGCAGAUGGCACAGAAGUUGAUGAAGAAGACUACUUCAAUUUUCUUCCCAGUGAUACGACUCUGUUAUUUCUUACAAACAACGACAAGUGGAGUCAUGAGAGUUCCGAACCAGUAUCUCGUGACGAACCAGAUUCAGCUGAUGGCACCACAAAAAAGCUGCCAAGUAGUCACAAAAUGGCAGCUCUACUGAAGGGUGAUAUUUCACGUAUAAUUAGCAUGUCUGAUGAGGAUUUACAGGUUCUAGCAGAAGCAGAUACCACAGAACUGGCCCAAGAUCUUGGGGAAUCCAUUGUAUAUGCACAGUCCUUACAGGAAGCAUGCCAGCGCCAUCUUGAUGACCGAGUUCAGACAAGAGAAGCCAUUGAUUUGCUGCGUUUGUACAGCAAAGCUCACUCCAUCAGUCCAUAUGUUGAGACAGAAAGUAGCAAAAAACGUCGCCACAGCAGGGACAUAUCGUCAUCUUCAUGAACCAAGGCCAAACUUUCAUGGCAGAGAAGAAUAGGCUGUGUGCCUUUGAGGCGUGAAAGCUCUCUCAUGUGAUCAGCUAGCAAGUUAUUGUUUUUUUUUUUGCCUGCAGACCACAUCAUGGUGGCAAGCACCAGCAUAAAUCUGUGUAUAAUUCCAUGAUUUUUGUGGAAGAAAAUUGGUUGUUAAUUUAGCCUGUAAACAUGACUUAUCACAUGCUGGGAGAAAUGCUUUUGUUUCAGCUUGAAUAUCAUUAAGAGUUACAGCUGCUCACUCAGCUUGAUGAACAUCAUUAACCUUCUUAGCAAGGUAUUGUUGUGGCCCUAUGCUCCUCAAAGGAGCAACAAGGAAUAAACUAAAACUAGACUAACGUUCUUAGCACGGCAUAAAAGUAUAAUUACCUACUAAAACAAUGGCUUUUAAUUAAAGAUGACAGUGGGUGAUGUUUUUAUUAUUUCUGCUCUGAGGUAAACAUUAGAUCAAGAAGCCUAUACAUUUUUGGAAAGGAGAAAACUUGAGCUAAAAUAAAAGUAAUGAAGAUUGCCUACUUUCACUCUAGUGAGAGCAAUAAUCCAAGAAAAUUCGCAAUUUACUAUUCCAGAAAAAAAAAAAAUCAACACAUCCAUAUGGGCUACAUGCCUUUAUCAGCAACAUCGACAAAAAUCUAUCUCCAUCAAUUAGCAGCAAAUAAAGUGGAACAAAUAUCUUAAAAUUGCUGGCAUAGUCGCUGGUGUCACAAAGUCAUCCUUAGCGCGGUUGCUCAAUGGUCACUAAUACUUUUUCAAGAAAUAAUUGCUCAGAAUAAAUCCAAAGCUGCAACAAGAAUAGAACCAAACUUAGGUCAACCAACAGGAGAGGUUUCCUUAGGUCAUAUGAGCAGAGCCACAUUCAUGGCUCAUUGUACUGAAAGGGCUAAGGGUUAGUAGUUACAGCUAUUCUUGACAUCCUUCUCAAUAGUGUCAAUUAUAAUAAUGGUGUGAUUUACUGAAUUUUUGGUAAAUGACACUUUAACAUUGUUUUUGAAUUGUGUUCCUGUGUAGAGUGUGAUAAUAAACAAUGAGUUUCCAUCA